AUGUCGAUGGUUGAAACAGAAAAUGUUACGAUAAGACGUGCGCGAGCGCACUCCGAUACAAACCAAGAUGAUAGUUUCAACAAUCACACACUAGAUGGCACCAUGCAUAGCGUUCCUGGUAUAUCGGAGGAUGAAGAUGUUGAUAUAAUUAACGAACUAAGAAAACAAAUUGACGGCCUUACUACUAAACUGCUGAGCGCCAAUAACGAAAUAGACUCUUUAAUACUAGAAAAUGAAGCCCUAAAAAAGAUGAACGAUAAUCUGACUCGCAAAAAUUCUAUUUAUAAAAAAAUUGUGUCCAGUCCAAUUCAAUCCCCAUUCAAAACUCCAAAAAAAUGUUCGAAGCAAACAAAAGAGACUCGCCGUAACAAGCAAACCCAAACAGAUUUUGUUAUGUUGAAUAAAAGUAAUAUUAUUGAAAAAGGAGAUCAACAAAACAUUACAGUACAACAUUCCAGUGCACAGAUGGAGCUACCUGUCGGGACUGAAGAGGCAAGAAUUACUAAAAGGCUGUCUUAUUCAUAG